AUGGCAGAUGGUGAGCGUUUGCUUCUCGGGGAUGAUCUGGAAGAGGAACCGGAAGCAGGAGGAGCAAGCAAUAUGGCAGUGGUGAUUGGGGAUGCUCUGGGAAUCACAGAGGCGGAGCGUUUGGUGCUCGGGAAUGCCCUGGAAGAGACACGGGCCGUGGGAGGAGCAAGAAAUCUGGCAGCGCUGAUUGGAGGAGAAGAAGCAGUGGUCGCAGGAGGAGAAGAUGAUCGGGCAGAGCUGAUCAAAGGCGAGCAUGAGCUGCGACCAGAUGGCUUUGGGUGUGCUGGGGACAGGAAGCUGGCAGGGCAGUCUGGAGAGACAUGGGAGGAAGGGGAGCGUGGGGAGAAGUCCAGGAAGGAAGGAGAGGAAGGGAUGCAAGGGGAUGCAGAGGAUUGGGAUGUGGUGCUGAGUCACAUGCAGGAGGUUGCUGCUACUGCUUCUUCUGAAUGGCAUUGGGUGUGCCGGGGACAGGAAGCUGGCAGGGCGGCCAGGAGGGAAGAGGAGAGUGAGGAGAAGUUCAGGAAGGAAGGAUCGGAAGGGGUGCGAGGGGAUGGAGAGAAGUGGGAUGCAGUGACGAGUCACAUCGAGGAGUUUUCUGCUGCUCCAUCUGCAGAGUCAGGCAAUGCUGGGCUGGAUGCUUGGAUGCUGGAGGACCUAGUGUCGCUUGACGGGUUGACUCUAGAGGGUGUGACUGUAGAGGGUGUGACUGUGGAGGGUAUGACUGUGGAGGGUAUGACUGUGGAGGGUGUAACUGUGGAGGGCGUGGAGGGCAUGACCUUGGAGAGAAUGACUGUGGAGGGAGUGACUGUGGAGGGUGUGGCUGCGGAGGGUGUGACUGCGGAGGGUGUGACUGUGGAGGUUAUAAUUGUGGAGGGUGUGACUGUGGAGGGUGUGGCUUCAAAGGGGGUCACUGUAGAAAGUGUGCCAGCAGCAGGUGCUGCACUGGAUGAUGCAGCUUAG